AGCCGUCAUCACCAUGGGUAGCUUAGUAACUGGUUUGACGGCUGAUGGCUUUACCCACGUGGAGGCGAGUCUUCGGCUGGAGGAAGCAGGGGCGGACGUAGUGGGGCUCAACUGUUCACGGGGCCCGACUACCAUGAUGCCAUUCAUGAAGGAGAUACGACAACAGUGUAAAGGACCGAUAGCCGCGUUGCCUGUGCCUUACAGAACAACUCCCACCCAACCAACCAUGCAGUCUCUCAUUGUCCCGGAGACAGAUAAAUAUGCCUUCCCGGUUGACCUUCCAGCGUUUACCUGCUCAAGAACGACUGUUCGUGACUUUGCACGGGAAUGUCUGAAGAUAGGCGUGCAGUACAUUGGAUUAUGUUGCGGAAACAGUCCGCAUU